AUGAUGGCUAACCACAAUAACACAGUUUCGAGGGCAGUCCUAGCUCUCAAUGGCGGCUACCCUGACCUCGAGGAGAAGAUCGAGACUGCAUACGCAGAAGGCCACGAUGCAGACAUCCCGUCCAAUGUUGGGUAUGUCCUCGACGAGCGGGGUGAACUGAAGAGGCAGCGCUCUAUUGCCGACCAACGGAGUCUUGCUCUCUCAAGGAGUAGAAGUCGUGCGUCUCAUAAGAGUGCCGCCGCCGCCGACGUCGACGACGACCUUGAGAAAGGCGGGGUGGCGCCAGGCGGCGCCGAGGGCGACGAGGCACAAGACGAUCCCAAUAUCGUCUGGUGGGAGUCCGAUACCGACCCUUCGAACCCGUACAACUGGCCUACCUGGCGCAAGGUGGUCAACUGUGUCAUCAUCUCCAUGCUCACCUUCGUGACACCCCUAGCCUCCUCCAUCUUCGCCCCCGGCGUUCCUGAGCUCAUGGCCGACUUCAAGGCGGACAGCGACGAGCUUGCCGCCUUCGUUGUGUCCGUCUACGUGCUAGGCUUUGCCUUCGGCCCGCUGAUCAUCGCGCCCAUGUCCGAGAUCUACGGCCGCACGCCUGUGUACCAUGUCUGCAACGUCUUCUUCACCGUCUUCCUCGUCGCAUGUGCUGUCGCACCCAGCCUGAACGCCCUCAUCGCCUUUCGCUUCCUGUGCGGCAUCUUCGGGUCCUGUCCGCUCACCAACGGCGGCGGGUCCAUUGCCGACAUGAUCCGCCAGGAGAAGCGCGCCGCCGCCAUGGCCGGCUUCAGUGUCGGCCCCCUGCUAGGCCCCAUCAUCGGCCCCGUGGCGGGCGGUUUCCUAGCAGCUGCCAAGGGCUGGCGGUGGGUGUUCUGGGUCCUUGUCAUCAUCGCGGGCUUCGUCACGGUCCUCAUGUUCCUGUUUAUGCGCGAGACGUACGCGCCAGUCAUUCUGCAGCGCAGGGCCGCCAGGCUGCGCAGGGAGACUGGCAACGAGAUGCUGCGGUCUAAGCUCGACGUCGGCCUGAGCCCCAGGGAUUACUUUGGCCGCGGCAUCGUCCGCCCCAUGAAGCUGCUCCUGCGCACGCCGAUUGUCUCGCUGUUCGCCGUCUACAUGGCCGUCGUGUACGGCUACCUCUACCUCAUGUUCACCUCCAUAACUGAGGUUUUUGAGGGCUCCUACGGCUUCAGCACCCAGGACGCGGGUUUGGUCUACCUCGGCCUGGGCGUCGGCUCCAUGGGUGGACUCGCGCUAUUCUCAAUCACUUCGGAUAGGUAUCUCAAGAAGAUGUCGACCAGGGAGGGGAAGGGAAUGAAGCCUGAGUAUCGCCUACAGCAGCUGCCCAUAGGGGCAAUCCUGCUUCCCGUGGGGUUUUUUAUUUAUGGCUGGACGGCGGAGUACCGUGUGCACUGGAUUGCGCCCAUCAUCGGAACGGCGGUGAUUGGAGUUGGGAAUAUCAUUAUUUUCAUGGCGCUGCAGAUGUAUCUCGUCGACGCAUUCACAAUCUACGCUGCCUCCGCCCUCGCAUCGAACACUGUCAUCCGUUCCAUCGCCGGUGCCGUCCUGCCUCUCUGUGGGCUGCAGAUGUAUGCCAAGCUGGGUCUGGGCUGGGGGAACAGCCUGCUUGCUUUUAUCGCCGUGGCGAUGAUCCCUGUGCCGUUCUUUAUUUUGAAGAAGGGGGAGUGGUUGCGGACGAAGUAUCCGGUGAAAAACUUGUAG